AUGGACUUUCCAGAUCAGCAUCCUGACUCUCGCCACCUCGAUUAUGACCGGAUGACGGAGAUACCUGGCUUCGGCUUGGUCCCUAAAGGACCGCGUUCGUGUGGUCGUCUCAUUGAUCGAAGAGAAUCUCAAAGGCCUUCUCAGCGACAUGGUUCAAGCCGUGAGCAAAGCCGGCGCAACUCGGCGCAGCGAGCGCUUUUUCCCAGUCCGUCCCCGCCGGUCUUCCCUUUCAAGCCCAUGACGCGGCAAACACCACCACGCCGAAGGAGAAGGUAUGACAACCAGAAUUUCAAAGAAGAAACCCCAGAGAAUUCUCCGGCGAACGAGAAACACAAGAACCCUGUCCGUGCAGACUCUGAACUGUUUGUACCGGAAUAUCACUCUCCGAUGCAGUUCCUCGCUGAGAGCUUUGAUCGCAGGCGGUGCCAACUCAGCCACGAAGUCACACGGCGAGAAGCCCUUAGCGGCAACGCCAGUCAGCAAAAGGUGGACCACAGGGAGCGGGAUCGCUUCUACGCAAGGGACCAACCUCAAUAUCAGAGGAGCGACUUGUCAGCGAGGAGAUCAUCUGAAUCUAUUCGCAUCAAGAGAGAGGACUCUGUAGACCGCCAAAGUGACGUACCCCCAGAUACCGACAACACCUCAAAGAGGACUUCGCCGCCCAGUGAACCUACGGAGUCGGGGUCAAGCGGAGGAGGAGAUGGUUCUAGGCGACGCAGCUCUCCUCCCCGAGGACCAACUCCGCCAGCCCCAGAUGCGCAAGGAGACGAUCGCCCAAGAUGCAAGUGCCCGGUAGGCCGUGACUGUCCCAGAAAGGGCGAUGAUCAAGUGGAUUGUCGCACGCUGGUACUGGAGUUUGAGAGAUGGAUAUGGGAUCAAAUAAAACAACGUGCUGAACAAGUACCACCGGACCGUGACCCCGAAGAUGAGUCCUUCGUCACACCACAAGAGACAAGAACCGUUAUUAGGCUCCUAGACCAGAUUCGUGUGCGCAACCGCAUGUCGAUGGGCAUUCGGCACAUCUUUGCCAAAAUACAGGACUGGAUCAGACUGAUGCAAAACAACUCCAUGACGCAAGAGGCCCUCGACGAAUCUCGGGUGUUCGAGCACCUGAAAAGAUUCCUUUCGGAGGAAAACAGGCCGAUCCGCGAAGAGAAGGGUGUGCCCGAGCACAUCGUCGAGGACCUAACUAUCCUGUACCGCAAGUGGGAGUUUGGCGAUCUCGGGGUCCUUGUGCGUCGCGGACUCCGUGCACACAGACCCGGUGGCCCGCUCUGGCCGGACCCGGACUGGCAAUGGAAGCGCAGCGCGGACUAUUUCGGCCACGGCCACCUCGUGAACGGUCAGACCUGGCUUCUCCGCGCCGAGAUGAUGCGCGACGGGGCUCAUGCGCCGUACAUUGCGGGAAUUUCUGGCAGCAAGACUGAAGGGGCACGGAGCAUUGUGAUGGGAUACCAUGACGAUACCAGAAAGGAAUACUACGCCGACAUCGACGAGGGCGAAACAAUCUAUUACUACGGUACCGCUCUUCCCAGAGCGCCGGGCGACACGGAGCCGACCAACCUGAAGGACGCCGUCACCCACCGAGUCGAGCGUAUCACAAAGAACUCCAAAGGUCAAGGUCCCACCGACGCGACCAUGGCGUUGUUCGUCUCGUACAGAACCGGUCGCCCCGUCCGGGUCUUCCGGUCAUGGAAGUUGUCGAAGAUUGUGCCCCAUCGACCGGUCACGGGCUUUCGGUACGAUGGCCUCUACAUCGUCAAGGCGCCGGAACUGGUCAAGAUCGAUCGCCAGAUCUACCGGUUCAGGAUGGAGCGCAUGACAACUGGCCAAGGCCCGCUUCGACACAGCGGGGAGACUCCCUUGCAACCGGAAGGUCUUCGAGGCAGUCGAAAACGGCGACGGGACGGGCAGUAG